AUGGCAAGCCCAAGGUCUGUGGGCUCUGCAGAGGCGGUUGGGGACGUGGGCGGGCCUCCCUCCAUGCCCAGCGUGCCCAGCGCUGGUACCGGCCACGACGACGGGUGGGCAGUGGGAAGUGGCGGGAGUGGUGACAGUGGAGGCUACGGGCGCCGGCUGCAAGCCGACUCAGGCGCCGCCCCAAAUCGCGCCCUGGAAUUUGAUGCCAGCCUUCGGCCAGGGCUAAGCAACUCGGGCGGCACAGAAGAGCAUCCGGAAGAGCUCCAGGCAGACCGGGGAGGUGAGCUGCAACGUCAAGGCGGUAACGACCGUGCGGCCGCGAGAUUGGACGGCUUCUCGUUCCAGUUCGCCUCUUUUGGCGGCACAGAUGGCGCAGAGGAGCACACAGAAGAGCUCCAGGCGGACAGGGGAGGUGAGCUGCCACGACGAGGCAGUGACGACCGUGCGGCCGCGAGAUUGGACGGCUUCUCGCCCCAGUUCGCCUCUUUUGGCGGCACAGAUGGCGCAGAGGAGCACGCAGAAGAGCUCCAGGCGGACAGGGGAGGUGAGCUGCCACGACGAGGCGGUGACGACCGUGCGGCCGCCAAUUUCGACGGCUUCUCGCCCCAGUUCGCCUCUUUCGGCGGCACGGAUGGCGCAGAGGAGCAUGCGGAAGAGCUCCAGGCGGACAGGGGAGGUGAGCUGCCACGGCGAGGCGGUGACGACCGUGCGGCCGCGGAUUUGGACGGCUUCUCGCCCCAGUUCGCCUCUUUUGGCGGCACAGAUGGCGCAGAGGAGCACGCAGAAGAGCUCCAGGCGGACAGGGGAGGUGAGCUGCCACGACGAGGCGGUGACGACCGUGCGGCCGCCAAUUUCGACGGCUUCUCGCCCCAGUUCGCCUCUUUUGGCGGCACGGAUGGCGCGGAGGAGCAUGCAGAAGAGCUCCAGGCGGACAGGGGAGGUGAGCUGCCACGGCGAGGGGACCGUGCAGCUGAUUCGGGCGGCUUCUCGCUCGGCUCCAGCGAGGGCCCAGGCAGUGAGCCCGAGCUCAGAGGCAGUGACGACCGUACGGCUACGGAUCUGGACGGCGUCGCGCCACAGUUCGCCGCUUUCCCUGAAGAGGGCACAGGCGGCAUAGAGCAGCAUCCGGAAGAGGUCACGGCAGACAGAGCCGGCGAGCCACCGCUGCGAGGUUGCGACAGCGACCGUGCAGAUCUGGACUUGCCGCUCGGCUCUUCCGGACCCGAGGAGGGCGCUGGCACCGACGAGCGUCCGGAAGAGGUCCAGGCAGAGAGAGGUGGUGACGACCUCCCGGGCACAGAUUCGGACGGCGUUUUGCCACAGUUCGCCUUCCGUGAGGAGGGCCCAGGUGGCACGGAUGAGCAUCCAGAGCUGGCGGACAAAGGUGAGCUGCCACAGAGAGGGGACGACCGUGCAGCUGAUUUGGGCGGCUCCAGCAAAGAGGGUCCAGGCGGCACGGAGCCAGAGGGCAGAGGCGGCGACUGUGACGCCGGGGAUUUGGAAGGCUCUUCGCUGCAGUUUGCCUUUUUCGAAGAAGGGCCAGGUGGCACGGAGGAACAUCCGGAAGAGGUCCAGGCAGACAGCGGAGGCGGUGGCGACCGUGCAGCCGCAGAUCUGGACGGCUCUUCGUUGCAGUUCGCCUCCUUUCGCGAGGAGGGCCCGGGUGGCACGGAGGAGCAUCCAGAGCUUCAGGGCAGGGAAGGUGAGCUGGCACACCAAGGCAGCGACCGUGGAGCCGGGGAUUUGGAUGGCUCUUCACUGCAGUUCGCCUUUUUCGAGGAAGGACCGGGUGGCACGGAGGAGCAUCCGGAAGAGGUCCAGGCAGACAGAGGAGGCGAAAUGCCACGGCAAGGCGGUGGCGACCGUGCAGCCGCAGAUCUGGACGGCUCUUCGUUGCAGUUUGCCUGCUUUGACGAGGAGGGCCCGGGUGGCACGGAGGAGCAGCCAGAGCUUCAGGGCAGGGAAGGUGAGCUGGCACACCAAGGCGGCGACCGUGGAGCCGGGGAUUUGGAUGGCUCUUCACUGCAGUUUGCCUUUUUCGAGGAAGGGCCGGGUGGCACGGAGGAGCAUCCAGAGGAGGCCCAGGCAGACAGAGGAGGCGAAGUGCCACGGCAAGGCGGUGGCGACCGUGCAGCCGCAGAUCUGGACGGCUCUUCGAUGCAGUUCGCCUCCUUUCGCGAGGACGGCCCGGGUGGCACGGAGGAGCAUCCAGAGCUUCAGGGCAGAAGAGGUGAGCUGGCACACCAAGGCGGCGACCGUGGAGCCGGGGAUUUGGAUGGCUCUUCACUGCAGUUUGCCUUUUUCGAGGAAGGGCCGGGUGGCACGGAGGAGCAUCCAGAGGAGGCCCAGGCAGACAGAGGAGGCGAAGUGCCACGGCAAGGCGGUGGCGACCGUGCAGCCGCAGAUCUGGACGGCUCUUCGAUGCAGUUCGCCUCCUUUCGCGAGGACGGCCCGGGUGGCACGGAGGAGCAUCCAGAGCUUCAGGGCAGAAGAGGUGAGCUGGCACACCAAGGCGGCGACCGUGGAGCCGGGGAUUUGGAUGGCUCUUCACUGCAGUUUGCCUUUUUCGAGGAAGGGCCGGGUGGCACGGAGGAGCAUCCGGAAGAGGUCCAGGCAGACAGAGGAGGCGAAAUGCCACGGCAAGGCGGUGGCGCCCGUGCAGCCGCAGAUCUGGACGGCUCUUCGUUGCAGUUCGCCUCCUUUCGCGAGGAGGGCCCGGGUGGCACAGAGGAGCAUCCAGAGCUUCAGGGCAGAAGAGGUGAGCUGGCACACCAAGGCGGCGACCGUGGAGCCGGGGAUUUGGAUGGCUCUUCCCUGCAGUUUGCCUUUUUCGAGGAAGGGCCGGGUGGCACGGAGGAGCAUCCGGAGGAGGUCCAGGCAGACAGAGGAGGCGAACUGCCACGGCAAGGCGGUGGCGACCGUGCAGCCGCAGAUCUGGACGGCUCUUCGAUGCAGUUCGCCUCCUUUCGCAAGGACGGCCCGGGUGGCACGGAGGAGCAUCCAGAGCUUCAGGGCAGAAGAGGUGAGCUGGCACACCAAGGCGGCGACCGUGGAGCCGGGGAUUUGGAUGGCUCUUCCCUGCAGUUUGCCUUUUUCGAGGAAGGGCCGGGUGGCACGGAGGAGCAUCCGGAAGAGGUCCAGGCAGACAGAGGAGGCGAACUGCCACGGCAAGGCGGUGGCGACCGUGCAGCCGCAGAUCUGGACGGCUCUUCGUUGCAGUUCGCCUCCUUUCGCGAGGAGGGCCCGGGUGGCACGGAAGAGCAUCCAGAGCUUCCAGUGGGGAGGGGAGCGGAGCUGGCACACCAAGGCGCAGAUUUUGGCGGCGGCACCGGGGGCGACUUUGCCGCGGAUGGCCCCGGCGCUCAAAGGCGCGAGGCAGGUGGCGGCGGGGACAGCGGGGGUUCCGGCUACCCUACGAGCAGACGCGCGGUGAUGGGCCCAGGAGGCACGGAUGAGAAUCCUGAAGAGCAUGUGCCAGACGUCGGAGGGGAUGAUGGGCAUUCGCCAGCAGCAUCCCACAUACAAGUCCGAGAAAGAGAAGCGGGAGGCAGUUUCGGCGCAGGCAGCGGAGGGAGUGGAGACCACGUUCCGGAAGCUGUCAUGCCGGCGCAGGAGUCUGAUUCAGGUGAGGAUGGUGACUUCGCCGACUUUCAGUUUGCGGCCGAUGGCCAGGCUAAGGCGCCAGAGGAGGACGAGGACUGGGAGUUUGCGCCAGUCCAAGCAGCGGCCGGACAGCAAAGUCUCCGGCAGAAGGUCUCGGAGAUCGUGGAGACUUGGGCCCAGACGUUGAAACCUCCCCGCUUUGAGCCAGAGGACGGGGAGGCUCCGGACUGGGAGGCGUGGCUGGAUCAAGUGCCUCCAGAGGCCCGGGACUUUUUGGAGGGAGCGCCGGGCCCGGUGCCCUUCGAACAGCUCGGGGUGGACGGCCAGGAGGGUGGCUUCGGAUCGAAGGUGCGGGAGCACUUCUUUAACGCUCUGGGGAAGCACCUGCAGCUGCCAAAGGACAAGGAUGCAAGCGCUCCAAGCUCUCCUUCUGGUAGCUCACCCAAGGCCAUCGCGGCACAGGCGAAGCCGAUCGAGGCGGACUGGGGUCUCUUGGCGGAGCCCUCUCACGAGCCGCAGGCUGAGGUCGAGGCGGACGUUUUGUCCCAAGCCCUGAGCUCCGUUGGCCUCGCCCCCGCGGCCGCCUUGGCGCCCGGAGUUCCGGACACUUCCAGCAUGCCGCCGGCGCCCAUGCCGGAGCCGAAGAAGAAGAAAGGCAUGACGCACAAAGUAAAGAACUUCCUGGGCGGCUUGCCGGAUCUGAAACACUUGUACUCAAAGUCAGUGGUCACUUGA